AUGGAUGCGAGCCACCUGAAAUGGCUGCAGGGGAUGGCACUGGUGGUGGCCGUGGCUUUAAUCUGGAUAUCCGCGAGCUACAUGGUGCAGGCUGUGGUGGAAGAUGGUCUGGCGCCCUUCAUACUCACGUACAUCUGCAACUCGUUAUUCGUGCUCUACAUCCCUGUUGUAGAGCUUUGGUGGUACCUGUUCGGAAAGGACGAGCCUGGAAGUCAUUCCUCCAACAGCGGAACGGGCAGCGGAAAGGGCGAUUCAGAAGGCCGUUUUGGCAGGAAAAACAGUAGAAAGAACAAUGAGGGUGGUGGUAACAUGGUAACCAGUAUCAGUCUGAGGAAGAAGAAGACAAAGGAGGGCGGGGUUGGAGAUGAGGAAGAAAGGGGAUUGCUGGUAAAAGAGGAAAAGGCGAGGGGGUUGGGGGAUAUUGAAGAGGAGAGGAGCGACGGAGGGAUGGUGGGGGAAGAAGAGGGACGGGAGAAGGGACCUGGGCUUGUCAGCUUCGCUUCUGGUGAGCCAGAGCAGAUCGACCGGGCUCUGCAGACGGCGCUAGAGGGUCUCCCACCUGACGUUCUCCCUCUCCUUCCCUCCUGGCCCUCUUGCGCUUCUGCCUCCCCUGAUUCCCUUUUUGCAGGAGCGAGCCGCCUUCUGGAGGCGCAUGCCUUGGAGGCCGGACAGCCGGUGGUGGGGGAGGAGACACGGGUUGAGGGACCGCUGGAGCAGAGGGGCGAGGCGGGACAGCCGGGCAGCGGGAGGCAGUCGGGACAGCAUCAGCUGCGGGGUCGGGUGGCGCGAGGGGCAGGCGGGCAGAGGGGACGGCAGGGGGAGCAGACGGGCCAGGACGUGGAGGGGGGACAGCAGGGGCAGCAGCAGGAGAGCCAGCGGGGGCCGCGGGCCCAGGGCGUCGCACCUCCGGGUCCGGGGGAGGGUGGGGGCGGUUGGAUGGGACUGGGGUGUACGGGGGGCAGGGGAGUUGAGGGGGCAAGGGGAGGGGCAGCAACGGACAACCAGGGGCAGCAGGGGGAACAGGAGAAACAGGAGGAGCGGGAGGAGCGGGGGGAAUGGGAGGGGUUGCUGAGGCAGUUGGGGCAGCAGGAGGAGCAGGUAGCACAGGGGCAAAGAGGGGUGCCUAUUAAAGGGGAAGAAAGCCAAAUAGAAGGGCUUUCGCUGCAUGGUGGAAGUAGUCCAGCUCAUGCUGACGUGGACAGGGGGGCUGACGAGCUGGCAACCCAUCUCUCGCUUCAUACUGCUCUGGCUCAAUCCGGCAGCAAGGAGUCUGUCCAAUCCAAUUCGUCCACGUCAGCAGAGAUUCUCGCCUCCCCCUCUUUCCGCCACUGGGUCCAACACCAUUCUCAGCUGCACGUCAAGCCUCUUCACCUUUGCUCUCUCCGACUACCUCCUUCUCCUCUCUUUGCUAACCCCCCCCCUCCCUUCUCCCCCCCCGUCAACCAGUCCAACACCAUUCUCAGCUGCACGUCAAGCCUCUUCACCUUUGCUCUCUCCGUCUACCUCCUUCACGAGCUCGUCAAUUUUCCAACUCCCUGGCUUGCCCCUUAUCCCCUUCCCCCCUCCCCUCCAGUCCAUCACCAUUCUCAGCUGCACGUCAAGCCUCUUCACCUUCGCCCUCUCCGUCUGCCUCCUUCACGAGCGCUUCUGCCUGCGCAAGCUGCUCUCCGUGCUGCUCUGUGUGGCUCUGUGCUGCUUGGUGCUUCCAACACCAUUCUCAGCUGCACGUCAAGCCUCUUCACCUUUGCUCUCUCCGUCUACCUCCUUCACGAGCGCUUCUGCCUGCGCAAGCUGCUUUCCGUGCUGCUCUGUGUGGCUGGCACCGCUGUAGUCGCCCUGGCAGACCAAGCCCAGGCCAGCAACACCCUAAACGCCGCACUUAGCAACCUAAGCGCCAGCGGCGGUUUCAACAGCAGCAGCGGCGGCGGUGGUAGCAGUGGCGCAGAGCUAAGUGGCAGUGGGAAUAGCACAGGUCUAAGUGCCGGUGGUGGUGGUGGUGGGAGUGCGUUUGAUGCUGCAGCUGUGGCAGAGGCGAGUGCCGCAGUUGCGAGUAAUGCAAGGGAGAGUCUGUUAGGCGAUGUGCUGGUGCUAAUGUCAGCGGGCUUCUACGCUCUCUAUACCACCAUGCUACGGUCUUUCACGCCUGCUGAAGGCGGGUUUGAGGAGAUGGGCGAGGAGGAAGGGACGGAGGGAGGGGAGGAGGGAGUGAGAAGGGGAGGGAGGGGAGAGGAGGAGCGAGGGGAGGAGGGAGGGGUGGAAUCGGGAGGUUGGGGAUUUGAUGUGGCUGGAGCAGGGAGCGGGAAAGCAGAGGUGGAACUGGAGGAAAAGGCGGGAGAGGAAAGGGAAAUAGAAGAGCACAAGGAGGAGAAAGGGGAGGGGGAGAAGGUGGGGAAAGGGGAAGAGGAAGGAGACGAGCAAAAGGAUGGGGAGGGGAAGGGCGUAAGGAAGAGGAGGGAUGCAGAAGAGGAAGGAGGAGAGGAGGAGGAAGAGGAGGUACCGUUCAGCACGGCGCUCAUGUUUGGGUAUCUGGGUCUCUUCAACCUCUUCCUGCUGGCGCCCGUGGGACUGCUGGUGCAGUGGGUGCGAGGCGAGUGGUUUGCAUGGCCCGACGCCUCCCAGUGGACGCUGGUCAUUGCCAAAGUGGGUGCGAGGGGAGUGGUUCGCCUGGCCCAGCGCAUCCCAGUGGGGUCUGGUGAGGUACGAUCCCGGCUGGACAACGUUCUGAGUGACUAUCACUGGGCGCAAUCCAUCCUGCUCACCACCUCCUUCCUCCCCUCCCUUGUGUUCCCUGCGCCCUUCCUGCUUCCCACCACCCCAGGUCUGCUUGACAACGUCUUGAGUGAAUACCUCUGGGCGCGAGCCGUUCUCCUCACCACCCCCUUCCUCCCCUCCCCCAUGUUCUCCAUGCGCCUUCCCCCUCUCUCUCCCGCUUCCUCCCCACCACCCCAGGUCUGCUGGACAACGUUUUGA